AUGUUAGUUCGCGGGCUCAAGCGACUCUUCAUCCCCGUCGCGCUCUUCCUGCUGCUCGCCUUCGCGGUCGCCACCUACUUUGGCAGCGCCCGCUCAUGGUCGCUCGGAGACACCUUCAAGGGCUCGCUGCCCUUUGAUCGCGGCGGCGGCUGGCUGUCUACGCCCUCAUCUUCGUCUUCUUCUUCUCCGUCGUCGUCGUCGUCGUCGUCGUCGUCCGAUAUAUCAAAGACACACCAUGAGGUCUUCUCGCGGUCCACGCCGGACAAGAAGUUCUUUCGCAUCAAGUUCGGCGGGCUGCCAGCUACGAACCCCAGCAUCAUCCCCCAUCCGCAGCUCAAUGAUACCUGGGUGAUCGCGGCGCAGCACAUGAACCCGCGCGACCAGAUCAAGGACACUGUCUGGUUCACCGAGCUGGUGUGUAACGCCAUGUUCAAGCAGGGUGGCCAGCUCGAGUGUGUCGGCCCGCCGAUGAACAUGCCCAUCCCCGCGACUGUAGGAGACCGCAACAAGUGUACGGGCGACCUGGCCUUCUUUGCCCUUAACAUCGGGCCUCACGAUGCGCGAGUCUUCUACGGGCCGCGCUUCCCGCUGACCAUCUACGGCUCCAACUCGUUCUUCACCUGCUUUGGCCAGUGGAUGCAGGACUUCCGCAUGCUGAUGGACUGGGGGUACGAGCACUUCUUCCAGAACGAGUUCAGAGUGCCUACGGAGGUCCAGCGGCCGACGGCGUACGGUGCCAUCGAGAAGAACUGGUUCGUCUUCUGGGACAAGGACGGCCAGAUGUACGCUCACUACGACGUGGCUCCCAAGCGAGUCUUCGCCAAACUAGAGUAUACAGGCGCCGUAGGACCGAAUCUCGCGCCCGCCGUGGCUGCUCAGGACAGCCGCUGUCUGCAGCGGUACAUGCCUCGCCUCCCGCCAAAGCUCGAGUCCAUCCACCAGGCCACAAACUCCCUGGCCAUCACGCUCUGCCGCCGAGCGGACCCGAGCUGCAAGCCCAACGAGGAAAACACUUUUGUGCUGACCAUCUUCCAGCACAAGACCUUCUACCAAUUCCACAGCGUGUAUGAGCCCUACGCCAUGCUCUUCCGCCAGAGCGCCCCCUUCGAGCUGUACGGGAUAUCCUCGAAGCCCAUCUGGAUCCAUGGCCGCGGCAAGGCCGGCCAGGGCAAGAAACCGCCCGGCCUGACUCCCGAAGAGAUACAAGUUUGGAACCAGACGGAGAUGUUCUACAUCACCUCCAUAAGCUGGAAGAAGCACGGCCAGAAAUACCAUGGCUACCUUGAUGACGUGUUGUUCAUUGGCUUUGGCAUAGAAGACCAAGACACGGGGGGUAUAGAUGUACGAGCCAGUGAUUUACUAGAAGGUUUGGGACGAUGUUCCGUUGCAUGA